AUGGGCAUUGACCGCGACACCAGACCGGCGGACAAGAAGUUCCACAAGUUUCGUAGGGAUGAUCAGUUGCGCAGGUACUUAACAAGUCGCCAGCAGUCACAUAUAGCACGAGUCAUCAACGGCCAUCCAGGCGGCGGUCGACCUCGUCUCCGUGCCAUCCUCCCCACAGUUGGGCUGAUAUGGCCUUUCAAAGCUUUCAUGGUGGGUGACUCUGACGAGAAAGUCACCACUGCCCUCAGGAAGAUCACUCCUCACUUGUCGGAGGAGAGAGUGGAGAACUGCUUCUCCCAAAUGUUUCUGGAGGCGACCAAGGAGAUAUCAAGACCAACUCAUCCCCCUAACGGCAAGGUCGACUUCAUCGUAUUUAUCAGAAUACUGCAGGGAAUCAAUAUGUCCAGCGCUGGGCCAAAGGUCUCAGCCAGCCAGAUCCGCGAAUACGAGGGUAGGUAUCCCGUGGACGUGGUGAUGCCAGAGUGCCCGGUGGCCCAGGCCGGCCCACCACGAGUGCCUACGGGCCGAGUCAACAGAGACAACGACGUUGACAUGAUGGCGGAUGGUAUCCGAGAUCUCGCCAUAGAACAAUCGUAUAAGGAGGGAACGGGGGGCGGGGGAUCGGCCGAUGGUGAUGUGAUUUGCGGGGGAAUGGCCGAUCGUGAUGUGAUUACCUACAUGUAG